CGCUGCUCGCGGACGGGCUUUAGGACCGCUGGGUGUGUGGGGCAUUGCUGUAAGCCGCCUGUCUGCUGGUGCAGCUCGUUUUUCGGAGUCUUUUCGCCGAACAUGUGGUGUGACAGUGGCGUCGCUACACUUGCCGCAGUCACUAACAAAACCGAUUGAGACCGAGAUACCACUUUCUGACGAGUGCAAGCAAGCGUGACACGCGAGCAGCAGGUCAAGAGCAAUGAAAACCGAGGGAAUUGAGGGUACUGAAAGAUUUCUGAGCCCCGGUAAAGGCCGGGGACUCAAAGCCACUAAACAAUUCAAAGUUGGUGAUCUAGUGUUCGCCUGUCCGGCGUAUGCUUACGUGCUAACAGUGAACGAGAGAGGCGGACACUGCGAAUGCUGCUUUACCAGGAGAGAAGGGCUGUCGAAGUGUGGAAAAUGUAAACAAGCCUAUUACUGCAAUGUAGAGUGUCAGAGAGGAGACUGGCCCAUGCACAAGCUGGAGUGCUCAGCCAUGUGUGCAUAUGGAGAGAACUGGUGUCCAUCAGAAACAGUACGACUGGUCGCCAGAAUAAUCCUGAAACAGAAGUGCCAGACAGAAAGUACUGCUUCAGAAAGAGUGUUGACUCUCAGAGAAUUAGAAGCACAUCUGGACAAGUUGGAUAAUGAGAAGAAUGAAAUGAAUGAUACAGACAUUGCUGCGCUACACCACUUUUACUCCCGGCAUCUUGAUUUUCCUGAUAAUGCAGCACUUACCGAACUCUUCGCUCAGGUGAAUUGUAAUGGCUUCACCAUUGAAGAUGAGGAGCUGUCUCAUUUGGGUUCUGCUGUAUUUCCAGAUGUUGCUCUGAUGAACCACAGUUGUAGUCCAAACGUGAUUGUGACGUAUAAAGGCACAGUGGCCGAGGUGAGAGCGGUGCAGGAGAUCAACCCUGGAGAAGAGAUCUUCAACAGCUACAUUGACCUCCUGUAUCCAACAGAGGAUAGAACUGAACGGUUGAGAGAUUCUUACUUCUUCAACUGUGACUGUAAAGAAUGCACCUCUAAAUCAAAGGACAAAGCCAAAAUGGAGAUCCGUCAGAAGCUUAGCACACCUCCAGAGGAUGAGGAAAUCACACAGAUGGUCAUGUAUGCCAGAAAUGUCAUUGAGGAGUUCAGGAGAGCAAAGCACUACAAAACCCCCAGUGAGCUGCUGGAAAUCUGUGAACUAAGCCUGGAGAAAAUGGGUUCAAUCUUUGCUGAAACCAAUGUGUACAUGCUGCAUAUGAUGUAUCAGGCAAUGGGUGUCUGUCUCUACAUGCAGGAUUGGGACGGGGCAAUGAAAUAUGGCGAGAAAAUUAUCCAUCCCUACAGUGUGCACUACCCUCCUUACUCACUGAAUGUGGCAUCUAUGUACCUGAAACUUGGAAGAUUGUACCUAGGACUUGAGAAGAAGACACAAGGAGUUAAAGCUUUAAAGAAGGCUCUUGCAAUCAUGGACAUUGCCCACGGUAAGGACCACCCGUACAUCGCUGAGAUUAAGAAGGAAAUAGAAGAGCAGAAAUAAUGGGAACACAUGGAGGAAUAUGCAUCAAACACUGGCAUGUGUCUUAUACCUCUCCUGGGGAAUAUUAAAACAAAGUGAUGUCAAAAUUAUGUUUAUCUGAGAUGUCAUUUAAAUGAUUUUUGGGUUUGUAAAUAGAUGGCCUGGGUCUGAGAUACUUUGUUGCUUGUAUUGUCUGCACUUUGAACAAAUGUGCUGUACUGUUUUCUGAGAAGAAGGGCUAAGAAUUAAGAAUCAUAUCAUAUAUGCCAGGUUUUUAACAAUAUUUUGCCCCCUCAUGUAGCAACAAUAUUAUCGUUUUCAAUAGCUAACAACAAAUGUAAAUCAUUUAUAUAUUCUCAAUAAGGUGACUCUGUUUUACUUGUCUGUUUGCAUGGUUAUCGUUUUGCACUGAUUUAAUGGAUACUGUUAAGAUAUUGGACUUCCAAUCAAUCCGUGCAUUUCAUAGUGUUAUUAUUAUUGCUUAUUUGUUUGUUAAAUGUUUCUUGUUUGUUUAGUAUUGUGCUAUUUUGACAGGUAGCAUGGGCAAAAAAAGGAUGCAGACUGCCACAUGCAAAAUAAAUUACAUUCAAUGUGACAACACUAAAGUAAUAAAUUCCUUAUGACAAA